UACCAACUAAAAAUGGCUACCACUACAAGCGGUACUACUAGUCUUCCAGGAAAGCCUGACCCCAUGAAAAGAAAGGAGAUAUACAGAUAUACUGCCCCGUGGGUUGUAUAUGGUAUGAACUGGAGUUUUAAACCAGACAAGAGAUUCAGACUGGCCAUUGGUAGCUUCAUUGAAGACUAUUGUAACAAGGUUCAGAUAGUACAAUUGAAUGAAGAGACUGGUAAUUUCAGCCAUACAGCAACUUUUGAUCAUCCUUACCCUACAACUAAGAUAAUGUGGAUACCUGACAUGGUUGGUCAGUUGCCUGAUCUUGUUGCUACUUCUGGUGAUUACCUUCGUCUAUGGAGGAUCAAUGGAUCUGAUGUUAGACAGGAAUGUAUGCUAAAUAAUAGUAAGAAUUCAGAGUUUUGUGCUCCUUUGACAUCAUUUGAUUGGAAUGAAACUGAUCCUAAUAUACUGGGAGCAUCUAGUAUUGAUACUACCUGUACUAUAUGGGGACUAGAGACUGGUCAGGUGAUAGGUAGUGUUGGUGACUCAGUUACUGGAUCAGUUAGAACUCAAUUGAUAGCUCAUGAUAAAGAGGUUCAUGAUAUUGCCUUCACUCGUGCUGGUAGUGGUAGGGAUCUUUUUGCAUCAGUUGGAUCAGAUGGAUCAGUACGCCUCUUUGACCUGAGGAAUUUGGAGCACUCCACAAUACUUUAUGAGGAGCCAAAGCAGCAGCCAUUAUUGAGGCUAUCAUGGAACAGACAAGAUCCUAACUACCUCUCAACCUUUGCACUGGACAGCCAUGAGGUGAUUAUUAUGGAUAUCAGGGCUCCUAGUACACCAGUUGCAAGACUAUGUAACCACAGGGCACCAGUUAAUGGCAUUACAUGGGCUCCUCAUUCUUCAUGUCAUAUAUGCACUGCUGGUGAUGAUCAUCAAGCCCUAAUAUGGGACAUACAGCAGAUGCCACAGUCUAUUGACGUCCCAAUACUAGCAUAUAAUGCACAAUCAGAGAUCAAUCAAGUACAGUGGUCUGUCAAUCAGUCUGACUGGAUUGCAAUUUGUUUUAAGGACAAUGUGGAGAUAUUAAGAGUUUAAUAAUAAAAAAUAAUAAUAAUUAGCAAGGUUGUCUUUUAUAAUGUAUUGACUGUAGUGGUCCCUUUCCUCUCAUUCCUGUUCUUUCCUUUUUACACAUGAGUUAUUAUCUUUAUUAUCUGUUAUUCGUGAAACUUCAUACCUUAUGAUCACAUCUA